AUUCACGCCAAGUACGUUCACCGGACAGAGAUAUGAUAAAGCCAUACCACCUUUUGGAUUUUUACCGCACUAUUCAAAAAACAGUGCACCAGAAGCAUGGGUCACAAAAGCACAAGGAGGACAGAAGAAAUGCCUUCAUCCUCGACAGAAAGGAAGCUAAUGGACUGAAAAGUUGGUAAGCAGAAAGGAAAGCAAGAGAGUACAAGAACAUCCACGCUUCUAGUCCAGAUAAUGUGUUUUAAAACAGCUUGAUUUGGAAGUGCGUGUAAUUCUGAAAUACGAACAAGCAGAAGUUUUCCAGAGGUAAAAUGUACAUAGGAAUACCAGGUUUUCUCAUUGCUGAAGCAUUCAAUGAAUCUUUAAUAAGUUCUGAACACUCAAAUUGUCUGUGGUCAGAUCAACUGCUGUUAUCAGAUAAGGCAAAACUCACCCUUCUGCUUCUAUAAUCCUAUCCAAAUAGACUCUUCACAUACCGCAUACUAUCCUAACAAAUGCUACAGGAUUAUCAGGAAUACAGAUAUAAAGACACUGCAAGAAAUAAAACACUGGCAAAAGAAAACAUGAAAGGAAAAUAGAGAAUUAAUUUCAGGUCUCGAAGCUUACUAUUUCCAGCCAGAGUUCAAAUUACUGAGCUUCAAACAAACCACUGCCAGGAACUUAGGAAAUCAUUCUCAACCUUGCAACUUAAAAUAUGGUACAUGAAUCAGUGGCAUCAAGAAUACUCAGGAGCUUUUCAGAAAUGUGGAAUUGUGAAAUAUGGCCAAGAUAGCCAAUUAGAAGCAGCUGCAGUCCACAGCACUCACGGAGAGGAAUGAAAGGUGUGAGCAAAUACAGCACAUUCAACUGAAAUAUCCAGGUUCUCACAUUGCGACUGAUUAGGCAAACGACCCACAGUAAACAAAGAAAAGCAGGGUGGGGCGACGGCCCAGCUGAGAGCGGCACAGAGCUAAAGGAACCCCCACCUCGAGCCAAUGGCAGCAAUGCUGGCCAAGAAGAGCUGAAAUAGAAAACAGCCUAGAACCAAAGACAAUUCUAAUGUAAAAUUUUUUCACCAGGAUGGAAGGGGACUCUUACGGCAAUGCAACGACCAUCAAUGGCACCCCAGUAAACCACCAGCCUUUGGAACGCCACAGGUUGUGGGAAGUCAUCACCAUUGCAGCUGUGACUGCUGUGGUAAGCCUGAUCACCAUUGUGGGCAAUGUCUUGGUCAUGAUCUCCUUCAAAGUCAACAGCCAGCUCAAGACAGUGAACAACUAUUACCUGCUCAGCUUAGCCUGUGCAGAUCUCAUCAUUGGGAUCUUCUCCAUGAACCUCUACACCACCUACAUCCUCAUGGGACGCUGGGCUCUCGGGAGUCUGGCUUGUGACCUUUGGCUUGCACUGGACUACGUGGCCAGCAAUGCUUCUGUCAUGAACCUUCUGGUGAUCAGUUUUGACCGUUACUUUUCCAUCACAAGACCCUUGACGUACCGGGCCAAGCGUACUCCAAAAAGGGCUGGCAUCAUGAUUGGCUUGGCCUGGCUGAUCUCCUUCAUCCUCUGGGCCCCAGCAAUCCUCUGCUGGCAGUACCUGGUUGGGAAGCGGACAGUUCCACCGGAUGAGUGCCAGAUCCAGUUUCUCUCUGAGCCCACCAUCACUUUUGGCACUGCCAUUGCUGCCUUCUACAUCCCCGUUUCUGUCAUGACCAUCCUCUACUGCCGAAUCUACCGGGAAACAGAAAAGCGAACCAAGGACCUGGCUGACCUCCAGGGUUCUGUCUCUGUGACCAAAGCCGAGAAGAGAAAGCCAGCUCAUAGGGCUUUGUUCAGAUCGUGCUUUCGCUGUCCUCGACCCACCCUGGUCCAGAGGGAAAGGAACCAGGCCUCCCGGUCAUCCUCCCACAGGAGCACCUCCAUCACUGGGAAGCCAUCCCAAGCCACUGGCCCAAGCACCAACUGGGCCAAAGCCGAGGAGCUCACCACCUGUAGCAGCUAUCCUUCCUCAGAGGAUGAGGAUAAGCCUGCCACUGACCCUGUCCUCCAAGUGGUCUACAAGAGUCAGGGCAAGGAAAGCCCAGGGGAAGAAUUCAGUGCUGAAGAGGCUGAGGAAACUUUUGUGAAAGGUCAAACUGAUAAAAAUGACUGUGACUCCCCAGACUACUUUCUGUCUCCAGCAGCUGCUCAUAGACCCAAGAGUCAGCAAUGUGUGGCCUAUAAGUUCCAAUUGGUUGUAAAAGCUGAUGGGACCCAGGAGACCAACAAUGGCUGUCACAAAGUGAAAAUCAUGCCCUGCUCCUUCCCAGUGGCCAAAGAACCUUCAACGAAAGGCCUCAGUCCCAAUCUCAGCCACCAAAUGACCAAACGAAAGAGAAUGGUCCUAGUCAAAGAGAGGAAAGCAGCCCAGACACUGAGUGCCAUUCUCCUGGCCUUCAUCAUCACAUGGACCCCUUAUAACAUCAUGGUCCUGGUUUCUACCUUCUGUGACAAAUGUGUCCCAGUUGCCCUGUGGCACUUGGGCUACUGGUUGUGCUAUGUCAAUAGCACUGUCAACCCCAUCUGCUAUGCCCUCUGCAACAGAACCUUCAGGAAGACCUUUAAGAUGCUGCUUCUCUGCCAAUGGAAAAAGAAAAAAGUGGAAGAGAAGCUGUACUGGCAGGGGAACAGCAAGCUACCCUGAAAAGUUAACAACUUAUCUCAAAAGAACAAUGACCACAGUCAACAUCCUCUGAGAAUGAGCAAGCUGAUUCUGGUUUGUAUAUUUUCAAAAAGAAGACAUCUCAUUUUGAGUCCUUCAGGAUUUCAGUAAAGGCUCAAGGUCUGUUGCUAAAAAGGAAGGGAUCACAGCUUCAGUAAUUGCUGUCAUAUUAAAUGACUCUUGCCUAUGACCAAGGCCACCUGAUGCCACUGGAGUUUGCCAAUGAAGUAAAGGGAUAGGCUCAUGGCCCUUCACAGGGGAAAGCACACUUGGUAACAAUGAACAGUGACUCAGGGAACUUUUGUCCCUUCUGUGGGGAACAGCAGGAACCAGGUGGAAACCUUUCCCUGUGGAAACCUAUCAUAGAACUUUGUGCAAUAUGUAUGUGUCUAUGAAGCUGUCUUGUGCCAGUAAGAACCAGGAGAAUGGACAUCAGUGUCACUUGUUAACAAGACUGAUAUUCAACUGGCUUCUAAGAAUAUCUUUGUAAACUGAUCACUAUCUAUUAUGCAGCUAUUAUGUGGUCUACGCUGUGGUUUGUUUUCCUCUCCCUACAUCUGAGUGAAGGUCUUGCUCUUCCCUUUCAUAGCCAAUGUCAAUUCCUCAUACUUACUGAACUCACGGUGGUCUCCAGGGAACCAUCCUUUCUCUCAGAAUUCAGGAUCUGGCAGGACUGAAACCUGGUCAUACCCAGUGCUUUAAAGGGGCCUCCAUUCUGCUAAUACAGAUGGAUCAAGUCUCC